GUAGAAUCAAGCAGUCGGUCCGCUGCUGCAGGUCUGGUCAGGUAAUGGGCUGAAUUUCAGAAUUUGUUGAGACAACGCGCGCGUCGCUAAAUUACAUCCCUCGGCGAAAACGAGAAAAAACCAGACGAUGACCGUCGAAAAUCCCACUAAAUGCACAUUCUGUUUGACCUUGAGGCCUUCUAUCGAUGUAUCCGUUUAGCUGACAUUCAUUCUUUCACGUCCCUCGUUGAAUACUCCGCUGCUACUUCUUCUAGGGCUUUCCUGUUUAUCCCUGUGUGAGUGUGUUCUUGAUCAUGGCGGGAAUUCGUUGGCCUCCCGAUGAUUCGGAGCUUUCCCAAGCGAGAGUUCCGAGCACCUCCGACCUCAUUUCUGAUGACGAUCGCUCCAUCGCUGCGGAUUCUUGGUCCAUAAAGAGCGAUUACGGAAGCACUUUGGACGACGAGCAGCGUCACGUCGACGCCGCUGAUGCGCUCUCCACCGCCACCUUUCGAGCUGCAUCCGAUUACAGUUCUGACAAGGAGGAACCAGAUGCUGAAGUGGAGCCAUCAGUGUUGGGCUUGCAGAGCUACUGGGAUGCCACGUACGCAGAUGAAUUGGCAAAUUUUCAUGAACAUGGUCACUCUGGUGAAGUCUGGUUUGGAGCUGAGGUCAUGGACAUUGUUGCAUCUUGGACCAAAAAUUUAUGUGAUGACAUAGCACAAGGUCGGUUGCAAGGUCUUGCUGAUGGUGCCAAAUCUGAGUCAGUUGAACAGGGUGGCAAAAUUUUAUCUAGCUGGAAUGUACUUGAUAUUGGAACCGGCAAUGGUCUGCUUCUCCAUGAGCUUGCAAAGCAAGGGUUCUGUGAGCUGACUGGAUCUGAUUAUAGUGAAGGGGCAAUCAACCUUGCUCGAAGCCUUGCUGAUCAUGAUGGAUUUAGUAACAUCAACUUCUUGGUUGAUGAUGUUCUUGAGACAAAAUUGGAGAAGCAGUUCCAACUUGUUAUGGAUAAAGGUACUUUAGACGCAAUUGGAUUGCAUCCAGAUGGCACCUUGAAAAGGAUCAUGUAUUGGGAUUCAGUCUCGAAGUUGGUUGCUCCCGGUGGAAUAUUGGUGAUCACAUCAUGUAACAAUACAAAAGAUGAAUUGGUGCACGAGGUGGAUAAUUUCAACCAAAGAAAACUCGUCUCCCAGGACCCUGAGGCCCCCAAGGACCAACAAGCUCUGUUCCGAUAUCUAAGUCAUGUUCAGUCAUACCCUACAUUCACGUUUGGAGGAUCAGAAGGAUCACGUGUUGCCACUGUGGCAUUUCUGCGGAGCUGAACCAGUUUUUGAUGAUUCAGAUUGGUAAUGCUUUCAUCAUUGUGUGGGUGUGAGAUUUAGGUCUUUGUGCGUGUGAGAGAAUGAGGGAUAGGGGCUUUUGUUUGGUUGUUUCAACUGAACAUAUUUUGGUUGAUGCUGUAAGAAACAUUCAGUUCACUGCUCUUUUGGAAAGUAGAAUGAUCCUUCUGGGCUUUUGGUUCGAGGGUAGUACUGAAUCAUCUCAAUGGAGGAGAGCGUUUCCAACCAGCAUGUUUAAGCACUUGUAUGAACUUCAAAGUGAUCUGUUCUUGAGCUAAA